CUUCGUGUACAUACUAAGGAAAUGGGAAGCGAUUGCGUGCUCUGCUUGCUGUGUGCUAUAUUGCUAUUGGUUCCCACUUUUAGUUGAUUGUUUGAAGACGUCUGUUGUUUCCCUCUAAUGAGCUCCUGAGACAGAACAAAGUUACAAGGAGUUCACCAACGAACGUCAUACAAUCAUCAAUAAUAUUUCCUUCUGCGUGAACAAAUCUCUGAGACACAUGAACAAAUAAUUGUUCACAGUCUUGUCUUCAUUCAACCUGACAAUUUUGAAAGUUUAUACUUUAAAAGGAUCGCUGAUUACUGUUCACGUUUCAAAUCAGCGGUAGACUUUCAUUAACAUUAGAAUAAGUUUGCUGUUUAGUAUUUAUUUACUAUUUAUUAUUGUUGAAGAUAAAGAUAACUUUUUCAUAAGAUUGUCAUGACCAUGAGUUUUCGUGGCUGUGAUUCUUGUCAAUAUUAAGUCUUGUUCUGUUUUAACCUCUGCUUCUUGAGCCAGUAAAUAUUUUACGACGCUUCAGUUCAUGAACCAUCAUCAAAAGUUCAUUCGAAUGUACCAUUUAUGUUCGUUACGUUGAAUUAAUAUUCGGACUGCGGUCAAAAAUAUCAGAAGCCGACUCUUACUAAUCAAUUUUUGAAUCCAGUCAGUUUUUAUCGCAAAUAUUGGUAUUGAGGGUUGUUUGUUCCUUGUGAUUUGAAGAGAUCAACGGUUAAAAUAGGCAAAUAUCAUAUCUAUUUUCAGAGCUUGGGAUCUAUUAAAUAAAUAUGAAAAUUGAAAUUUCCCUUCUUAGGAAUUGACAAUGCUUGCGUAAUUUCCAGUUCUUCAGUUUUACCAUUGUCUGCUAGUGAUUCUAAUUUAUUUGUCGGUCCAUUCGGAAAUUAUUCGUGAAUUUGAUCACGCCGUUUGGAAAAGCGUGAAAACAAUUUUUUGUUGAAAAAUACUGCAUUUAUACUCCGAGUGAAAUUGCGUCAUUCCAAUUACAUAUCUUCAGCUUUGUGCUGUUUAGUAAUCGGACGGAAUUUGUUCACAAAGUGUUCACGUUUGUUCAAGUAGACAGCGACUUACUAGACUUCGCAAAAAUAGCCUAUUGGUCGUGGUAGUAAUAAAUGAAGUAUUCUGUAGUUAAAUUUUCGAUCAGAAAGACGCUCGUCAUAUUCAUACGGUGUGGUGUCCCUUCACCUGAAGUAACAAAUCGACGUGAACAAAUUUGCCGACACGAUUUUAUUAUCUUCGCUUGCUCGGGAGAUUGUGGUUGUUUCUUGUCUUGUGGUGCUAGUUUCAAAGUCCAUAUUAAACAUUACUAUUUAUGCUAAAUAGUUGGAUCAGUUAGAAAAGUUUGUUUGAUUCGAAUCUUUGUUUUCAUCACAAAAUUAAUUUGCAUCAAAUUCGAAUUGUAUUUCUCGAUUUGAUUUUCUCGGUUUGAACUCACACUUUGAAGCGAACGAAUAGUCACGACUUUAUUCAUUUCGUAAACAUCCUUUGCCCUUCCCAGAUCGGAAACUGGUCUAAUUUUAAUUUGAACCUUGUCCGAAUUUAUCCGAUCCAUAAGUUCAGUAUAGUAAUCUACAAACCAGCAUCCACUAGUUUUGAUAGUGAUAAUUCAGAUCCAACAGUUAAUGUGCUAUAAGCCACCAACGAGAAAUCUCAAAAACAACGGAAGUAUGUCCAAGCCAUACAGCUGGUUGUUCCACCUACUCUUUGCCAUCUUCGGAACCGGAUCGUGGCUCGCCAUCAAUGGAAUCUUCUCAGAACUCUCAUUCCUCGUUCAGACAGCCCCGGAAAGCUGGAAUCUGGCUUCGAGUCUAACCCUGACAAUCCAGCUGGGAAAUAUCAUCCCUUUCCUGUAUGUAAUCGCAGGCAGGUUGAGAAAGUUUAGACACACAGAGCAUGUCGUGAUAUAUGUGAUCCUAGCUAUAGGAUGCAUGUCUUCAGUGCUCCUCGCAUUUUUCUGGGACAAAACGGAAACAUUCGGUGGAAAACCUCACAGUUUGUAUCUUCUGAUGUUCACCUUCACCCUUGCAGCUGUCGAUUGCACAUCAUCAGUUACAUAUUUUCCAUUCAUGGCCAAGUUCCCAGAAAAAUUCAUAGUUUCUCUGAUGAUUGGAGAAGGGUUUUCUGGACUAAUUCCAAGUGUUCUGGCACUGGCUCAAAAUGCGGGAACCGAAAAAGUAGUCUCAGCUCAAUCAACAACACACGAGAGCUUGUCCGGAAACACGACAGAAGCUCCUUCGAACUCAACAUACUGUUUCACAAACGCUCAUUUCUCAGAGAAAACCUACUUUUUGCUAAUAUUUGUCCUGUUUCUGAUAAGUGGCGUGGCAUUUUUCAUCAUAAAUCUUCUACCGAGUCCCGGAAGUCAAAAUCCUACGCUGACAAUCGUAAAAAGAAACGGGAGUAGUUCUACUAGCAAUCGAAGUUCGAAUCCCAGCGAGUACGGAAGCGAUGAUUCGAACUAUGACCGAGAAAUGGACCCUCUUAAAACCCUGAUUAGCUCUAAAGACCAUUCGGCUCCCACAGCGGGACAUACUGCAAUGAGGAACUCAGACAUGCUGGGAACAUUCGAAUAUUCUGUGGAUUUUCACCUGGAGCCUCAAGAUGAAGAGAAUAAUGUGGUGACUGAACCGAUCAGAAUAGAGGUUCCGACGACGAAUAGCAGCUCCACUUUCAUACAUUCUGUAGCGGGAACAGUUGUGACUCAGUCUGAUUUGGCCCACUUUGCAUUUCUAUUUAGUGUCUGUUUCCUCUUCAAUGGUGCUCUGCCGUCCAUUUCCACCUACAUUUUGCUGCCAUAUGGAAACGAAGAAAUGCUGGUGAUUUCAAAUAUCGGAAACAUUGCCAACCCUGUCACGUGUAUAAUACUCAUGUUCUUGCCUUUGACAAAUAGUCUAACACUCAGUGGCGUGUCUACCUUACUGACCGUUAUUUCGUCAGUUGUUCUCACCUGUUUUGCAAUCACUGCACCCCCCAUGACUGGCCAAGUGUCAGGCGCGAUGGCCGUAGGUGUUCUCUGGGUGUUUUUCAAGACCGUAGCGACUGUUGCACGGGUGGUGCAAGCGAACGCGUGUAAAUCACGAGGCAAGGAACAUCUCUUCCUGUACGGUGCAGUAACCCAAGCCGGAUCCUUCUUCGGUGCUCUUAUCUUCUACGUUUUGUGUAAUCAUACCUCAAUCUUUGUUCCUGCUUACUCAGACUGCUAGUUCUUGUAUCACAUUCACAUCCAUGUCAGUCUUUGUGCCAGCCAAAACUUUUAGAAUUGAACUUUGUCCAAGUCUAACAAUGUUCUUUAGUUUAAAUUUUGUUGUUUAUGAAAUGUAAAUGUUUUUAUAUAUUUGUAUGCUGGCGAAUGAUUAUGUUAAAAUGCUGCUUCACAAUAUCGAUAUUUUGCUGUUUUCUUUCACAAUUUAUGAAUAUCCUAAUGCAGCCUUAGUUGAAA